AUGGAAAGUGUGCUGAGCUUGGUCGAGGGCUUGAACUCACAUGCCCAGGAGAUCUUCGACCGCCUGGAUGCCGCGUGCGGCCAGAUGGACACACGGCUCAGUGGCUUGGAGACCCGGCUUUCACAAGCGACCGAGCGCAUCGAGCGUACCCGUGGCAGCACAGCAGCCCUCAAGGUACAGAGCGCCCGAACCUUCCAAGGGCGGGGUGCACCGAGCCUGCGCGCAGCACACCGGGUGCUGGACGAGAGCCUUCUAGUGUCCUUACGCUCUACGGCACCUAUCCCUGAGCUUGACCAGGGCGAGGGACGCCCCGUGAACUCCACGGCGGUAGCCGAAGACUUGGCUCGCGUCUACAAGUGUGUGAACCAGCAUCGGAACCAGGAGCCACAGGUUCGGACUCGGGCAGGAAGCGAAAGGCUUCUACCUGCUGCUGGUCGCUUGACUUCGGUCUCUGAGCUUUUCCUCCUGAACUCCUCCGAGCAACCUUACAAGGUGAGGCAUGAGGUCGACAACUUGGCAGAGCCAGAGGACGAGGCUUUCUACCACGGCAAGCGUGCAGAGAUGGUCAAGGAGUCAGUCCAGCCCGACGCAGACCUAGACUUGGAGGAGGACGAGCCAUUGCGAGAGCACGAGGACUUGCGCUUUAGGCCACGACCAGCUGCAGAAGUGACCUUCGAUCUUCCAGAUGUCUUGCCAGACCUUGGGCAUGUGGCACAUCUCGUCUGGCGCGAGGGCGAACAGCACUCCGAGACGGCGCGGCCCGCGUGGGAUGCACCUCCUCCGGAGCUUGGCCGUGCAUCAAUCAGUGUCACUGCAGCCCCAAAGCCCGCCCGACCUGCACCACCUGCACCAAAGCGAGCAUCCCUAGCUCCGAAAGCCACUCGCGCACCUGAGCCUUUGCUUGCCCCGAGCUCAGGGCCUGCCAUAAAGACAAGUCCAAGCCAGGCACCCGUAACAGCGGUGGCACCACCGCCAGCUAUACCGACCCCGCCGACCCCGCAGCCGGCCGCGCAGCCGUCCAAGCCCUCAACACCAGCACCUCCGCCGCCGAAGCCUGCGGCUAAGGGAAAGGGCCCCAAAGGCAAGGGCAAAGGAAAGGGACCAGCACCACCUCCGCCGCCCGCGAAGAAGGCCGCCCCUGCUGCCAAAGCGCCUGCACCCACAAAAGAGGCCGCAGUUGGAAAAGCAGCCAUGUUCGCAGACAUCCGUUCUGGUGGUGCAAAGCUGCGCAAAGUCGCGCCUCCGAAGGAACGUUCCGGCGCUGCAGUUGGCCGCGUCGUUUAG